UGUUUUGGGGUACAGUGUACACAGCAGUACAUGGAGGAGACAUGUCUAAUAAACAGUCUCUGUCAUAAUGAACACUCUGCUGUUUUUACAUAGUUUGCUUUAAAAUGAAGGGUUUCUCAGAGAGCGCGUGAUGUUACCUGAGCCUGAAGAGCGGGAACGUUAGUGACGUAUUUCUACUAACUUCAGCUAGCUUCAACUGCUAGUAGAGGAAAGAAAGCAGCCAUGGCCGAAGCCGGAGCCCAUCUGACCUCCACAGCUGUGAAUGAGCAGCCGUCGGUGUUUGAGGUUCUGGCUCAGGAGUCUCUGAUGGAGGCGGUCAAACCUGCACUGAGACAUGCUGUCAAGGUUCUGGCAGAGUCCAACCCGUCCCGCUUUGGCUUCCUGUGUCGCUGCUUUGAUGAGCUCUACCUGCUGCUGGACCUCCUCCUCCAGAACCACUUCCUGUCUCACUGCAGCGCCUCCUUCUCUGAGAACUUCUACGGCCUGAAACGAGUGUCGGGAGGUCGAGGACUUCCUCUUCACCUGGGCCUGAACAGGAAGUCACACUGGCGCUCUCUUCUUCUUCUGUGCCUGUUGCCGUAUCUGCGGUCCAAGCUGGAGGCCACGCUGGCCCGUCAGAGGGACGAGGAGGACUUCUCCAUCCGGCUGGCGCAGAGCAGGAGCCAGAAGCUGUACAGGGCGGCCCUGGCGGCGUACCCGUAUGUCAGCUCAGCCUGGCAGGCCUGGGUCUUCUGCCAGCAGCUGCUCUUCGUCUUCGGGGUCUCUAAGACCCACAGUCCUCUGCUGUGGCUGGCCAGGGUCAGACUGGCACGACUUAAUGCUCAAGAUAUCAGCGAGAUAGAACUGAAAACCAGCAGAACCAGCAACCUAGCUGGAGGAAGCCUGGCACAGAGAGCGUGGUGGUUGAUGUCCCAAGCAGCGAGGGGCACAGCCGUCUCCCUCUCCACCUCCCUCUCUCUGGGCGUCUUCUUCCUGCAGUUCCUGGAGUGGUGGUACUCUUCUGAAAACCAGAGCUCCGUGAAGACCCUGACCUCCGUGCCCGCACCGCCACCCCCCCUGCACCUGCAGCAGGAGCAGAGUUGCCGAUCCCUCGAUCACAGUGAAGACCAGGCCAAGCCCAGCCGCGACAGCAGCAACUGUCCGCUGUGCCGGAGACUUCGCACGAACGCCACGGUGCUGUCCACCUCUGGCUUCGUCUUCUGUUACCGCUGCAUCUACACGUAUGUGAAAGCCAACCGCCGCUGCCCCGUAACCGGCUACCCCACCGAACUGCAACACCUCAUCAAGAUCUACUCACCAGACAGCUAGACCACAUGUUCAACAGUCUGAGCACAUAUUCAGGUUCAGCUCCGGCAUGUUUGGAGGAUCUUUUUCUGAAACCAGAGGCCUUGUUUUUAAAAAGUGAAACUCUCAACUGAACACUGAAACAUUUUGGGGUAAAAUCACAAUAUCAUUUUUUAGCCAUUCUACCAGCGUGGCUCUAGGGAUGGAAAUAUCAGUCAUGUGUAUCAUCAGUGAAAACUGUGACCUGUUGGAGGCACUACAUGACGAAUCAGAGGACAUGAACAUCUGUACAGACCUUCAACUUCAACCAGUAGUUGUUGAGAUAUGAAGAUAUUAUUCAUUUGUCCAAUACUUGUGUUUACGACCAAAUACCUGCAGAACUAAUCAGCCUCAACUGUACUCUUAUUGCUAACUAGCAAAUGUUGUGAAACAUGGUAAAUAUAAUACCUGGUUAGUACUUAGCUCGAAGCACCACCGUGCCUAAGUGCAGCUUCAUAGAGUUGCUAGCAUGGCUGUGGACAUGUUCUAUUGUAUAUAAUGGACUUUAUUACGGUUUUUGAUCAACUGUACUGCGAUAGAAGAAUUCUACUUCAGCUCAUAUCACAUUGAAUAUUUAAAAAAUCUGUAUUGAAUAGUUUCCUCAGUGGUAUUACACUUUUUUAACACCCCACCAUGAAGUUGGCAGGAAAUAGUGCAGCGCAGACUCUCACGAAAUUAUGACUUGUUUUUGUCACUUGUUAUUUUGUAUAACUACUAUCAGUAUGAGUAAUGGGAAAUGCAACAGGCUGUCAGUGAA